AUGAUAGAAAUGAGGAUGAUAGUCAAGCUUCAGAUUUUUGCAAUGCUUUGGGGAACAUAUGGUUAUCAGCUCAUCCCCAGGAUAGAAGAAUGUGGACUCACAUGUUCUCAGGGAUUUCUUUGCAAAACACAAACUUCCACUGGUCUUUUUAACAGUUUUUGCCAUCCGGCUCCUGCCUCUCUUUCUCAUGUCACGCUGAGAAACAUGAAGCUCUGGACUGCAAUGAAAUGCACAGAAGGACAUCAAUGCUCUCUUCACCUAAGCAUUAAGGGGACACUGCAUCUUAAUGAAAAUGUGCGUGGAAUGGAAAUUUGCUCCCUCUCAGUGAAUACUCAGAAAUCCCAGUGUGUGAAUGUGAAGGUUUCCAGAAACACACAUGUAAAACUUACUGGAAAGAAGGUGAAAUUGCAAUUUAAUUGCUUUGAAGUCGCUGCAGGGCAGCAUGUCUAUGUGACCAUGAGAACGAUUCCAAAUUACUGUGGAGUCCAACUGAAUCAAGAGUAUUACGUUGAAGAUUGCAGAAACAAUGAUGUGGGGAAAAAUAUUCCAGGCUGCUUUGCUGGAAAAGUGGCUUAUGAAGUGGACAGAGCAAGACAAACCAUCUUGGUGAAUGUAUCUGAUGUGGCCCAAAGCACUGAUUAUUACGUUCGUUUAUGCCAUCAGCGGUUCUUAUGUGAGGAUGUGGGACCGGUCACCUUGAUUCAAAGGAAUGACCUGGUGAAAUCAGUUUCUUUGCCAUUUACCCAGCUGUUGCCUUGCUUGUGCAUCGAGGCUUGGCCAGCGAUUCCAGAUGCACGGCGAAUGCAGAUGUGUCCUUUUACAAAUAAUACUAAGGCCCUGUGGGAUGACGUUAUUUAUAAUCCUGUUACUCAAACUCUGACUUGGGAAGCUGCCUGCCCUAUUCAUGUCAAUGUCAGCCUUUGUAGGCUCAUGAAGACAAACAAUCAAUGUGUUGAUCUGCUGAACUCUUCAAAAACAGCUCCAGAAAAAGUAAAAUAUUCUCGAAUUGAUGCACAUCCAAGACUUUGCAUGAAGUUUACAACGAAGCAUGGCUCUUGGGUUAGAUGCCCGUUUGUUCGUGGAACUGCCCCAGCUUUCAGAAAUCACAGGAUUGGUAUCACGUGCCAAGAAAAUAAGAAAGUUGUGAAAUGCAUGCAUGUGGACUGGCCUUCAAGCACCUCUUACAACAGAGGCCAGAAGCACUGGAUCUUCACUGACACUCGAGUGGUGCUUCAGCCUAUUGUAGCCAUCCUGUCCAGACAGAGCCCUUGA